AUGUCAUUGCUUAUGCCCAUCUCUCUUCUUCCUCUCUUUGAUCGAGCCCCUCCUACCCCUCCUAGACGAGAGACGGGGUUUCAAGACCUCCCGGCAGAAAUCAAGGUUAUCAUUGUUAAAUACCUUGAUGGUGACACCUUGACACUCAGGCAUGUGGCUACCUGCAACAGACAGUUGUAUCUCAUGGCCAUGCCUGAACUGUACGCCCAUGUAUCUUUAGGAGCUCCUCCUAAUUACCGGAUUUGGCCCGGUUUGGCAUGGCCCGCAGAUCGUCGUUCCAUUGAAUGCUUUCUUCUUACGAUCCUCCGCAACCACCACAUUGCGGCACUCGUGAAAUCUCUCGAUUUGACUGACCUGCACGACCUUUGCUACACGCACAGGCAUAUUCAUACCCACCCGGAUAGAGAACAGCUCAUUAUUCAACCCCUGCUUUCACAAGACCAUAAAAUGAUCAUGGAUGCCGGUAUGAGUUUACCAUUGUAUCCAACAGUCAGGGCCGCAUUGCACAGAGCGCUUGAGCCUGAUUUACCCCGUUCAGAUGCAUUGCUGGCUGUUCUUCUGGGCUAUCUGCCUAACCUAAAACGUCUCGAGAUCAAGAUGGAGAGUGAGGACCCAUAUAGCGACCCUCCAGUUACAGAGUGGAAUCUGGUCGAACGAGUCUUGAUCGGUAUCGUCGGUGCACAACCCAUCUACAUGGAUGAAAAUGACAUUCCAAGUUUUUCCACACCUAUGCUGUCUCAGCUCACUCACCUGAAAGCCGAAGUUGAAGGAACACGGCCCUUGGCUGACAUUGAUAUGCUUAUGGUACUUCUUCAAAUUCCCACCUUGACCCAUGCAUUCGGUACCCAAUGGACCAACGCACGACGGUGGCUGAGACCUGAAUUUCAAAAUGCCGAUCGCCUCAUUCACCUCGAGCUUCGUGACUGCACCUUUGAUGCCCAGUGUCUUGAAAAGCUCCUCAAACAAACCAACAAGUUGGAAACCUUCAUCUACGAACGCGGAUGGACAAAGGAGAAGUAUUGGGUCUUGAAAGUCCAAGACCUCAGCAAGGCGCUUCAAUACAUAUACAAGACCCUGACCUGUCUUGAAUUAUCAUUCAAUCAAAGUGGCCGAAGGAUAUACGAGGACUUGUAUCUUCAGCCUGUCGACCUCUCGGGGCUUGUUCAUCUGAAGAGACUACGGAUUUCGGCCGGCUAUCUUGUUCAGACUGAACAGAAAAUCUCAUCAUUUCAAGGUCGCUACUUACGGCUCUAUGACCAGGAUGGAGUCUACAACAGUGCAAUGCCUUUGCACGAGCUACUUCCCCAAUCACUUGAGGAGCUGCACAUCUUCCAAAUCCGUGAUGGUCUUGAGUUCCUCCUCAUGUCUGAGAAGCUGCGCGAAAGUCUUUACAGUCGAGGGUUGCCCAUUUCAUCGGAGCCUCCCCAUUUCCAACACCUCAAGGAGAUCAUAAUUGAGGCCCCUUUUGAGGACAAGGGUGUGUACUUUUUUAACGCACUCUCCCAAAUCACAAACCACGUUGGAGUGAAGUUGACAACAAUCGAGAACUCCGCCGAUUAUGUGCGAUCCUGGAUGACAGGCGAGAAAAGAGGAUCAUGCCCAGACAAAAAGAUUGACUGGGGGUUUGACGGCGAGAUCCAGUGGGAGCAUCCUUUCACUCAGCGAGGGGAACUGAAUUUCGACCUCCAGUGA